AUGUCUGGGUCAGACCAUAGACCCAUUCUUUGCUCUAUUCAAAAUGCUGUGAAGCAUGGGGGUUCCCCCUUUAGAUUCCAAAACAUAUGGACUCUUCAUCCUAAUUUCAUCAAGGAAGUAACUAAUGCUUGGACCAUCAAUGAAGACUAUGGACCUUCGAUAAAUUUAUGGAAAUUACAGAAGAAGGUGGCCCUGCAUUUAAAGAGUUGGAAUUGGAAUACUUUUGGUGAUUUUAAAGAAUUUAAAAACUGCUCAAAAUCAGCCUUCUUGAAGCAGAAAGCUGUUUUUACCAAGUUCACUGAGGGGGACAAAAACUCCAGCUUCUUUCAUGCUUGCAUAAAUUUCAGGAGAAAAUGUAAUAUGAUUCUAGAGAUUAAGAACUCUGAGGGUAUAAAGUUAACUAAGGCUGAAGACAUUGUUCUUGAUGCUGUCAAAUUUUUUCAACAACUUUUUAACUCCCAUCCCACUACUAGAACUAUUGUUGAUGCUAAUUUAUUUGCUGAUGAAACUGACAAUGUCAGUAGGCUGACCCUUGAUCAAAUCCCCUUUGAAGAUGAGAUUAGAGCUGCUCUUGACUCUAUAGAUGAUGACAAAACUGCUGGCCCUGAUGGCUACACUGCAAAGCCUUACAAAAGCUGCUAG